CUCAUUCGGAGACACCGGAAGCAAUCGUCCGUUUUGGUGACGCUGCAUUAGACUGCAAGACAUGGACCGGUCUAGGCUGUUCGGGUUGUUCCUCCUCAGCUUGGCUCUUGCCGGAGCUCAGGCGCUCACACCGGCGCACUACCUCUCCCUGUCCGAUGUGGACCGACUGCAGAGCCUCCUGAGCCAACAGUUCACAGACCUGGACUCCGCAUACUACUCGGUUGUUGGUCUGACCAAGCUUGGAGCAAAUGUUCCCGAUCACGAGGGUGUAUGCCAGUUUCUCAAAUCCCAGCUCGAUCCCACCAGUAUUGAUUCACUCUUCUAUGCUGCUGAGACCAGUCAAGCCAUUUCAGGAUGCGAGAUCCCUGUGACCAAUGAAACCCGUGACAUCCUCCUAGCAGCAGUCAGUGAAGAUUCCACCAUGACUCAGAUUCACAGAGCCGUGAGCGCGCUCAGCUCUCUGGGUCUUCCUCUGGCCUCCCAGGAAGUUGUAGGUGCCCUGACGGGUCGCAUCAACAAGGAGGACAAUGUUAUGGCUAUCACUUCAGCUCUGCUAACAGCAGCCCGUCUGUCCAAGCAAGCAGAGCUUGGAGGAAUAUUGGAGGAAAUUGAGGACCUGACAGCUCGUUUGGACGAUCUUGGUGGCAUCUACCUCCAGUUUGAAGAGGGACUUGAGGCCACUGCCAUGUUUGUGACCGCUGCUUAUUCCCUGUCAGAUCAUGUGGACAUGGAGCCCCCUCUGAAGGAGGACCAGGUCAUCCAGCUGGUGAACUCUAUCUUCAGUAAGAAAUCCUGGGACUCUCUGUCUGAGGCCUUCAGUGUGGCGAGCGCCGCCGCCGCUCUCUCCAACAACCGCUUCCAUGUGCCAGUCAUUGUCACUGCUCAGGGCCCAGCCACGGUGUCCCACAGCCAGCCAACCCUGCAGCUCCUUGUUACUGAUGUUAUGUCUCAACCUCUGGCCACAGCCAACGUGCUGGUGGAAUCUGCGUACGCUGUGGCCUCCAAGAGCAUCAUUCUCAACCAAGCACCAUUCACACUCAACGAUGGUGUCUUUGAACUGAACUUCAUGUCCAAUCAGCCAGCCAGUGGAUAUUAUCAGUUUACUGUCGCAGUCACCGGGGAUAGCCGGCUCGUCGCCAAUCAUGUUGAGCUUAAAGUGAAGGUGUCCACUGAGGUGGCCGUCACUAACAUGGACCUCUCUGUGGUGGAUAAGGACCAGAGCAUCGGGACAAAGACCACCAGAGUGGACUAUCCCUCCAAAGCCAAGACCUCCUUCACAGCCGACAGCCACCAGAACUUCGCCAUGUCCUUCCAGCUGGUCGACGUCAACACUGGAGUGGAGCUUACACCUCACCAGACUUUCGUCCGCCUGCACAAUCAGAAAACUGGCCAAGAGGUUGUGUUUGUGGCCGAACCCGACAGCAAGAACCUGUACAAGUUUGAGCUGGACACAGCAGAGCGGAAAUCAGAGUUUGACUCCAUGUCUGGCACAUAUUCCCUCCACCUCAUCGUUGGGGAUGCCACCUUGGAGAAUCCCAUCUUAUGGAAUGUGGCUGAUGUUGUUCUGAAGUUUGUGGAUGAGGAGGCCCCAGCGGCCAUUCAGCCCAAGACUCUUUAUGUUCCCAAACCGGAGAUCCAGCACUUGUUCAGGGAACCAGAGAAGAAGCCUCCCACAGUGGUCUCCAAUACCUUCACUGCACUCAUCCUGUCUCCCUUUUUGCUUCUCAUCAUCCUGUGGUUUAAGCUCGGAGCCAACAUCUCCAACUUCAGCUUCUCUCCCAGCACCAUUCUGUUCCAUGUAGGACACGCAGCCAUGCUGGGUCUGAUGUACGUCUACUGGACUCACCUGAACAUGUUCCAGACCCUGAAGUACCUGGCGAUUAUUGGUGGCGUAACUUUCCUCGCCGGGAACCGCAUGCUGGCCCAGAAAGCAGUGAAGAGAAUUGAGAAAAAAUAAAGAGCAAGAAAAUGAAAAGAAGACACUGACGAAGCUCAUUAUUUUGUUUCCAAGGAGUCAUUCAACGAUGCAUCAAAUCAGACUUUAAAAUGCGGCGUGGCAGUUCAAGGAUCCAAUCGACAGUUUAAACAUGCAGUUUGUCUGUGUUGCCAAAUGGAAUAAAUCGAGAUAUCACAGUCUCCGAGGACAAACGCUCACUGACAGAUACUCUUACUGAGGGCUGUAAAGCUACUGAUCAUUGCACUUCAUCUUCCUGUGAGAUUUGUUGUCUUAUUGUCCAACAUGCCAGUGUUUUCAAAGUGAGCUGGGAUUUUUAUUUGUGGUUUCUUGAUGGCUUUUGGGGUUGUUUUGUGUGUUUUUGUUUUUGUACAUUCCUCUUUUUUUGCUGAACGGCCAUUUCACCUCGUAACAGAAGCCGUAAGUCAACGUGUUUCAGCUGAUUAAAACCAUUGGCAGUAGCACUGAUACUUUGGAUAUUACUAACUAUGCCAGUGUGUUUGCCUGUUUGGUACGUCAGAUGUGCAUUAGGAAUGGUCGUGCCCUAUUUGAUACAAAGUUGGCAUUUCCCCAUAAAAAUUGUUAAUGAAAUUUGGACAGUUUGAGGAAGUGAUUUUUUUGUAAUGAAGAAGAGGAAAUAAAGAAUUUGAGGUGAA